AUGUGCGAGCUAUAUAGCGAUGGCGCUGCCCGCUGGUAUGCAAUCGACGAGAAGAGCUUAGAAGACUUCCACGAAGACCAUGUGGAUGUGGAGUUCAGUGAGAAGGACGCUGGUGACGAGGAAGCCAGUGAUGAGAAUGACGGUAGUAAGGAUGACAGCGGCGUGGAAGACAGCGCUGACGAAGGCGGCGAUGCGGACCUCAGUGAUGUGGAAGAUAGUGGUGUGGGUGAGAGCCAUAGCGAGGUGGAAGAUGUCUCAGUAGACAACGGCGACGUCGAGCACGAAGGACGAUAUUUAGGCGUUUGA